UGACAGCGAAACGACGAACAGGGAAGGAUGAUGAAGCUAAAAUGGCAGCUCAACUGACGGUGGUGCCAAUUCGGGGUGAAGAAAUACACAAGGAACAAACUAGAACAAAAGGCGAUAUGACACAUUUUCUUUGAGAUUCUUUGCUUUAAUCCCAAAUUAAAAGACGAUAUGGUUUGAGAUUCGGAAUUCCGGGAAAGAAAGAACGAUUCGACGCUCUGAAUUUAGAAGCCUAUUUCCAAGUUGCAUCGCGCGGGCUACAUUUUUUUCUCCAGUUUUUGGAAGAUAGACUGGGAUGUAACAAUUCUGCUGUUUUUGCAGUACAGGAUGGACACAUGACCUUUGACAUAUAAUUGCAAACUAUCUAGUUUUUUUUAAAUGUAAUAUAUGCAUUGUUCUCCAAAACGAUGAUGUGUGCUGCAGCCGGUGGAGGGAUUCUUCCAUCCACAUCGCCUUCGAUGAGGCUAGGCAUCAGGGUCAUUUCUGGAGUUGGUGACGAUUUCUCGUCCAUUGGGUCGGGUAUGGGUUCGUGUCAAACACCGGCAACCCAGUCGGAUUGCCGAAGUCGGUACCAGCUUCUACUCUCUGGGCGAGCAUUGGCGGAAAGAUACAGGAGGAUUUAUACCACGGCUAUCAAUGAUAAAGAACAAGGGAUAAACCAAGGAAGGGGAAAGAGAACUUUGAGCAAGAAGAAGCUGAAACGGCGCCAAAAGGUCAAGUCAAAAGUCAAAACAAGAACCAAGACGGAUAACCUCGAUGGGGCCUUCUGUGUGCCGGACAUCAAGCUACACAGCAACCCAUCGGCGUUCAACGUGUACUGCAACGUGCGCCACUGCGUGCUGGACUGGCAGCAGCGGGAGUCGUCCCUGGCCUCACAAAGCUCCGUGCAGAGCGGUGACUCGGACAGCGAGGAGGAGGAGGAGUACCGUGAGCCCGCCAUCAAGCUGCCAAAGAUCAUUGGCAUCGGUCUGUGUGGGGUGUUUGAGCUGAUCAAGGAGACGCGGUUCUCCCACCCUUCCCUGUGUCUGCGCAGCCUUCAGGCCCUGCUGCAUAUGCUGCAGGGACAACAACCAGAGGGCUUCCAGACUGAACCUCCUGAUGUACUGGAGUCUCUGUUCCAACUGCUGCUGGAGACAACAGUGCGCAGCACGGGGAUGAACGACCCCACGGGGCAGGCCCUCACCGCCCUGUCCUGUGCCUGCCUCUUCAGCCUGGUGGUGUCCUGGGGAGACACGGGCAAGACCCUGCAGGCCGUCUCCGCCAUACUCACCAACAACGGCAGUCAUGCCUGCCAGACUAUCCAGGUGCCGACCAUUCUGAACGCGCUACAGAGGAGCGUGCAGGCUGUGCUGGUGGGCAAGAUCCAGAUCCAGGACUGGUUCGGCAACGGCAUCAAGCGGGUGGCGCUGAUGAACAAGUGGGUGUUGAAGGAGGUGACGAUUGACGAGGAUGAGCGCUGCCUGCUGCAGACCGAUGGCUCCUUCCUCUACCUGCUCUGCAAGGACGGCCUCUACAAAGUGGGCUCCGGCUACAGCGGCACUGUCAGGGGCCAUGUGUAUAAUUCCACAUCACGCAUCAGGAAUCGGAAGGAGAAGAGAUCGUGGUUGGGUUUCGCUCAGGGCUGCCUGUUGUACCGGGAUAUGAGUAACAACCACAGUACGUCGGCCAUCAAGAUCAACCCAGAGACUCUUGAGCAUGAGGGAACCAUCACCAUGCCAGGCCUACAGGCAGACGGCCAGAACAUAGUCUUCACUGACGGAGAGUACAUCAACCAGAUUGCUGCCUGCAAAGAUGACGGGUUUGUGGUGAGGAUAUACGCGACCAGUACGGACCCGGCACUGCAGCAGGAGCUCCAGUUGAAACUGGCCAGGAAGUGUCUCCAUGCCUGCGGCAUCUCUCUGUUCGACCUGGAGAAAGACCUACACAUCAUCAGUACGGGGUUUGACGAGGAGGCAGCAUUGCUGGGAGCAGGCAGGGAAUUUGCUCUGAUGAAAACAGCAUCAGGAAAGAUCUACUACACAGGGAAGUACCAGAGCCUGGGCAUCAAGCAGGGUGGUCCGUCGGCAGGUAAAUGGGUGGAACUGCCCAUCACCAAGUCACCUAAGAUCGUCCAGUUCUCGGUGGGCCACGACGGCUCGCACGCCCUGCUGGUGGCAGAGGAUGGCAGCGUGUUCUUCACUGGCUCCGCGAGCAAGGGAGAAGAUGGAGAGUCCACCAAGAGCCGGCGCCAGCCGAAGCCCUACAAGCCCAAGAAGAUGAUGAAGCUGGAGACCAAGACUGCGGUGAACACAGCCUGCAACAACGGCAGCAGCAGCAUCGUCACCAAGGAUGGAGAGCUAUACAUGUUUGGCAAGGACGCCAUCUACAGCGACAGCACCUGCCAGGUGUCAGACCUGAAGGGUCACAUUGUAACCCAGGUAGCCAUGGGGAAGGCCCACACCUGUGUCCUGACUAAGAGUGGAGAGGUCUGGACGUUUGGGGUAAACAACAAGGGCCAGUGUGGCCGAGAAACAGGGGCCAUGAACCAGGCGGGGAAAGCAUUUGGUGUGGAAAGCAUGGCGACGGCCAUGGAUGAGGACCUGGAGGAUGAGCUGGAGGAGAAGGAGGAGAAGAGCAUGAUGUGCCAGCCAGGCAUGCACAAGUGGAAGCUGGAUCAGUGCAUGGUUUGCACCGUGUGUGGAGACUGCACCGGCUAUGGAGCCAGUUGUGUCAGCAGCGGACGGCCUGACAGAGUACCCGGAGGUAUCUGUGGCUGUGGUUCUGGGGAGUCUGGUUGCUCAGCGUGUGGCUGCUGCAAAGCCUGCGCCAGGGAGCUUGAUGGACAGGAGGUCAGACAGAGGGGCAUCUUCGACGCUGUCAAGGAGAUGAUACCACUAGAUCUACUACUAGCUGUGCCUGUCCCCCCCCCCCCAGGAGUCAACAUCGAGGAGCACAUCCAGAUCCGGCAGGAGGAGAAACGUCAGCGGAUCAACCGCCGACACCGGCUGGAGGAGGGACGAGGCCCCAUUGUUUUCCCUGGCCCCAUAUUAAUGAACCAGCGUGAGCAGGCCCUAGUCAGACUCAGACCCCUAAGGCAUAAGCGGGACAAGCACACAGACGGGAACAGUGAGCGAGGGGAAAAGGACGCCAGUAAGAUUACCACUUAUCCCCCGGGGGCGGUGCGCUUCGACUGCGAGAUGAGAGCAGUGCAGGUUAGCUGUGGCUUCCACCAUUCAGUGGUGCUGAUGGAGAAUGGGGAUGUCUAUACGUUUGGCUAUGGUCAGCAUGGCCAGCUUGGACACGGAGACGUCAACUCAAGGGGUUCUCCCACGCUGGUGCAGGCCCUUCCAGGUCCGAGUAUCCAGGUGACAGCUGGUAGUAACCACACAGCUGUGCUGCUCAUGGACGGACAGGUCUUCACCUUCGGCAGCUUCUCGAAAGGGCAGCUGGGUCGGCCAAUCCUGGAUAUGCCCUACUGGAACGCCAAGCCUUCCCCCAUGCCCAACAUUGGUGCCAAGUAUGGCCGCAAGGCCACCUGGAUCGGGGCCAGCGGCGACCAGACCUUCCUGAGGAUCGACGAGGCCCUAAUCAACUCGCACGUCCUUGCUACCUCCGAGAUCUUUGCUAGCAAACACAUCAUUGGCUUAGUCCCCACCUCAGUGUCGGAGCCCCCCCCCUUUAAAUGCCUGCUGAUCAACAAGCUGGAUGGCAGCUGCCGCACCUUCAAUGACUCAGAGCAGGAGGACCUGCAGGGCUUCGGCCUCUGUCUUGAUCCCGUCUACGACGUCAUCUGGAGAUUUCUGCCGGCAUCGAGGGAGAUGUGGUGCUACAACGCCGUGAUAGCCGAUGCCCGUGUGCCCUCGGCCACGGACCUCCAGGCCAGCUGCAGCAUCCUCAGCCCAGAGCUGGCACUGCCCGCCGGCUCCCACACCACCACCACCCGCUCCCACGGAGCCCUGCACAUACUGGGUUGCCUGGAUACGCUGGCGACCAUGCAGGAGCUGAAGAUGGGUGUGACCAGCACAGAAGAGGAGACUCAGGCCGUUAUGAAGGUCUACUCCAAAGAAGACUACAGCGUGGUCAACCGCUUUGAGAGUCACGGGGGUGGCUGGGGUUACUCGGCCCACUCGGUGGAGGCCAUCCGCUUCUGUGCUGAUGCAGACAUCCUGCUGGGGGGGCUGGGCCUGUUCGGGGGCCGUGGGGAGUACACCGCUAAGAUCAAGUUGUUUGAGCUGGGGCCUGAUGGUGGAGACCAUGAGACAGAUGGGGACCUCCUGGCUGAGACUGACGUCCUGGCCUACGACUGCGCUGCCAGGGAGAAGUACGCCAUGAUGUUUGACGAGCCGGUGCUGCUGCAGCUUGGCUGGUGGUAUGUGGCCUGGGCCCGGGUGUCUGGGCCCAGCUCAGACUGUGGCUCCCACGGACAGGCCACCAUCACCACAGAUGACAGUGUGGUCUUUCAGUUCAAGAGUUCCAAGAAGUCAAACAACGGUACCGACGUGAAUGCAGGCCAAAUACCUCAGCUAUUGUACAGACUUCCGUCGAACGAUGGUAACGCAGCCAAAGGGAAACAGCAGACCAGUGAGCCGGUUCACAUCCUCAAACGCUCCUUCGCCCGAACCGUCUCAGUGGAUUGUUUCGAGUCCCUGCUGAGUAUCCUCCACUGGAGCUGGACCACCCUAGUGCUGGGGGUGGAGGAACUGAGAGGCCUGAAAGGCUUCCAGUACACGGCUACCCUGCUGGACCUGGAACGUCUGCGCUUUGUAGGGACCUGCUGCCUUCGCCUGCUCCGUGUCUACAUUUGUGAGAUCUUCCCCAUCUCUGCCAGCACCAAGGCGGUGGUGGAGGAGUCCAGCAAGCUGGCGGAGUGCGUGGGCAAGACCCGUAGUUUGCUCAAGAAGAUCCUGUCAGAGGGCAUGGACAACUGCCUGACCAAGCUGGACAACGACCCCCAGGGUUACCUGUCCCAGCCCCUCACCCUGCUGGAGGCCGUGCUGCAAGAGUGCCACAACACCUUCACCGCCUGCUUCCACUCCUUCUACCCCACGCCUGCGCUGCAGUGGGCCUGCCUCUGCGACUUGCUCAACUGCCUCGACCAGGACAUUGCUGAGGCCAAUUUCCGCACAUCGAGCAGCCGACUGUUAGCGGCAGUGAUGUCUGCGCUGUGCAACACGUCAGUCAAGCUGACAUCCAUCUUGCCCAUUGCGUACGACGGCGAAGUGCUGCUGCGCUCGCUGGUCAAACAGGUCAGCACGGAGAACGACUCGGCGCUCGCCCAUCGCUUCCCCCUGCUGGUGGCACACAUGGAGAAACUCAGCCACACGGAGGAGAACCUGAUGGGGAUGACAAGUUUCAGGGAGGUUCUCGAGAAGAUGCUGGUGAUUGUAGUGCUGCCAGUGAGGAAGAGCCUGAGAAAGGAGGUGGAGCUCUUCUCUCCCCACCUGGUCUCCAACACCUGUGGCCUGCUGGCCAGCAUAGUCUCUGAGCUCACAGCCUCUGCACUGGGCUCCGAGGUGGACGGUCUAAACUCGCUUCACUCUGUGAAGUCCACUCCCAAUCGCUUCACCAAGAUGAGCCAGGGCCGCAGCUGGAACACGGGCAACGGCUCUCCAGAUGCCAUCUGUCUGACGGUGGACAAGCCCGGCGUGGUGCUGGUGGGCUUCUGUGUCUACGGUGGCGGGGGCAUCCAUGAGUACGAGUUGGAGGUGCUCGCUGAUGAUGCCCAGACAGAGCACCCCGGGGAUUCGUCCCACACCCAUAGGUGGACGUCUCUGGAGCUGGUCAAGGGAACCUACAGCACCGAUGACUCCCCCAGCGACAUUGCCGAGAUACGCCUCGACAAGGCCGUGCCACUCAAGGAGGGUGUGAAAUACGCUGUCCGCCUGCGUAACUAUGGUAGCCGAACAGCCAAUGGGGACGGAGGGAUGACCACGGUUCAGUGUUCUGACGGCAUGGCCUUCACCUUCAGCACCUGUAGCCUGAGCAGCAACGGGACCAACCAGACCAGAGGACAGAUACCACAGAUACUGUACUACAGGAGUGAGUAUGACGGGGAUCUGCAGUCCCAGCUGCUGAGCAAAGCCAAUGAAGAGGACAAGAACUGCAGCAGGGCUCUCUCAGUGGUCAGUGCAGUGGUCAGAGCUGCCAAAGAUCUCCUUCACAGGGCGUUCGCUGUGGAUGCGGAGGACAUCCCUGAGCUGCUGAGCUCUUCCAGUCUGUUCUCUAUGCUGCUCCCCCUCAUCCUGGCCUACAUCGGCCCUGUGGCUACCUCAGUACCCAAGGCUGCAGUGGAAGUCUUUGGUCUGGUCCAGGAGUUACUUCCUGCUGCCUCCGCUCUGAACCAGAAAUAUGCCCCACCGGCUUUCAACCCCAACCAAUCAACAGACAGCACCACGGGCAACCAGCCAGAGCAGGGCCUAUCAGCUUGCACCACCUCCAGUCACUAUGCUGUGAUAGAGAGUGACCACCCUUACAAGCAGGCUGGAGUGGCACAGUAUAAGGUGUCGUUCCCGGACUGCGUGCGGUGGACCACCAUCGAGUUUGAUCCCCAGUGUGGCACGGCCCAGCCCGAGGAUGUCCUCCGCCUGCUCAUCCCGAGCCGCUCAAUCCACCUGUCCAGCCUCGGCACCAAGCCCCUGGCCCAUGACACCAUCAACACCUGGGUGGAGCUCAAGAAGAUCUCCGGCUCCAAUGGCUGGCCCACCACUGUCCUAGUGCUGCCAGGAAACGAGGCCCUGUUCUCCUUGGAAACGGCCUCUGACUAUGUAAAAGACGAGAAGGCCUGUUUCUACGGCUUCAAGUGUGUUGCCGUGGGAUACGAAUUCAACCCUGGACCAGAUGAGGGUAUUAUCCAGCUGGAGAAGGAGUUGGCAUACUUGGGCAGUGUGUGUGCUGCUGCUCUCAUGAAGAAGGAUCUGGCUCUGCCUAUAGGGAAUGAACUUGAAGAGGACCUUGAGAUUCUUGAAGAGGCCUCUCUCCAGGUGUGUAAGGCCCACUCAGGUAUCCUGGGCAAGGGGCUGGCCCUGUCCCUCCCCACCAUCCUGGAGGCUCUUGAGGGCAACCUGCCCCUGCACCUGCAGACCAACGAGCACUCCUUCCUGGAGGACUUUAUCACCUGUGUGCAGAACUCCAGCGGAGGACGCCUGGCCAGGUGGCUGCAGCCAGACUCGUACGCGGACCCCCAGAAGACGUCUCUGAUUCUGAACAAGGACGACAUCCGCUGCAGCUGGCCCACCACAGUGGCCGUCCAGACCAAAGACCAGUACGGAGACAUAGUGCACGUGCCAAACAUGAAGGUGGAGGUGAAGGCGGUGCCCGUCUCCCAGAAGAAGUCCAUGCAGCAGGAGUGCAUGAGGAAGCUGCAGCGUCUCCCAGGCAGCACCAACCCCUCCUCCUCGGGCACCGCUGACCUUACCUUCGGGGGCCUGCCCAUGCCCAAGCUGGAGGCCACCUAUGAGCCCAUGAUCGUCAAGGAAGCGCGCUACAUUGCCAUCACAAUGAUGAAGGCCUAUGAGAAUUACUCGUUUGAGGAGCUUCGCUUUGCUUCACCCACUCCAAAGAGGCCCAGUGAGAACAUGUUGAUCCGGGCCAACACAGACGGGACGUACAGUGCCAACUGGACCCCCGGGGCUGUGGGCCUCUACACAAUCCACGUCACCAUCGACGGCAUUGAGAUCGAUGCUGGUCUGGAGGUGGAGGUGAAAGACCCUCCUAAAGGCAUGAUCCCACCAGGCACACAGAUGGUUAAACCCAAGGCCGAGCCCCAACCUAGCAAGGUCCGCAAAUUUGUGUCCAAGGACAGCGCAGGCCUCCGUGUGCGUAGUCACCCUUCCCUGCAGAGCGAACAGAUAGGCAUAGUGCAAGUCAAUGGCACCAUCACUUUCAUUGAUGAGAUCCACAAUGAUGAUGGUGUUUGGCUCAGGCUGAAUGAUGAGACAGUAAAGAAGUAUGUGCCCAACAUGAAUGGGUACACUGAAGCCUGGUGCCUCUCUUUUAACCAGCACGUGGGCAGGAGCCUGCUGGUCCCAGCCAACGAGGCAGGAGGCCAAUCGGAGCAGAGUGUUAAGGAGGUGAGCUCCAGCGGCCGCCCCUCCCAAGAGGCCCCCUCCAUGUGGGAGCAGGACAGGGUGGGGCAGGGCGGUGGCCCUGGGCUUUAUAAGGUAGUGAAGACGGGUCCCUCGGGUCACAACAUCAGAAGCUGCCCAAACCUUAGGGGUAUCCCCAUUGGAAUGUUAGUACUUGGGAACACGGUCAAGGCAGUAGGCGAGGUGGUAAACACGGAUGGGACGUGGGUGCAGCUGGACAAAAACAGUGUGGUGGAGUUCUGCGAGAGCGACGAAGGAGAGGCCUGGUCUCUGGCCCGAGACCGUGGGGGAAACCAGUACCUACGCCAUGAGGAAGAACAAACCCUUCUGGAGCACGGGGCCCAGACCCCACCACCUAGCCCCUUCUCUGUCCAGGCCUUCAACAGGGCUACUGCAGCCAAUGGGGCACAGGGCUUUGACUACGGUAUCUCAAACAACAAAGGUGACCAAAGGUUGACUGCCAUACUGAAUAGUGCCAUUCAGUCUGGGCCCUUCCUCCCUCCAGCCGCUCCUCCCUCCUCUUCCUCCGUAUUUGAGCAAGCCGCCCAACCUCCCUCCUCCUCCCUUGUCCACAGCCCAUUUGUGUUUGGACAAUGCCCCAGGUCCCAAGUGUCUCAGCCGCAGCCACAGCUUCCGAAUGGUUCUUCAUCACGCAGCCUUGCUUCUUCUCACGAGCGUGUGCACAAAAGCAGUGCGUCCGCGGCUGGGCAUGGUUCUGCACUCUCAUCUCUUGCUCUCAGGCAAAAGGGUAACUCAGGGCCGCGCCCCAUGUCCCCGGCCACCAAACAACGACUGGAAAGUCGCUCCCCAAAACAGGAGGGGCGUGGCGGUCGCUCCUCGGAACAGUCCAAAAGCAAAGAUCCGCCGGCCAGCGAGGCCCUGAUCCUGAGGUCGGACACUGCCAAGCUGCGGUCGGACUCGCAUAGCCGCUCCCACUCGCCCAACCACAACACCCUGCAGGCACUGAAGGCUGACGGGCGUGAUCGUAAUUCCUCCGGGCUGCGCGCCGAGUCACCUAACCCUGGCUCCCGCUCCACCUCGCCCAAACAGAAGGGCCUUUCCUCCACCUCGGGGAGGUCUAGCCCCUCCAGCACUUCCUCGCCCCGCUCCUCCUCCACCCAGCACGACAAGAACUUUGCUCAGGACAAGAACCAACCAAUUGACAAGAACAUGCCACAAGACAAGAACCAAACCCAUGACCAGAACCUCCCUCCCAAUGUCAGCCCCUCCUCCAAGGCUCAGCUGGACCCGCCCAGAGAAAGGUCCAAGUCGGACUCGUACACCCUGGACCCGGACACCCUGAGGAAGAAGAAGGUCCCGCUCACCUCGGAGCCCCUAAGGGGAAGGUCCACCUCGCCCAAACCCAAACUACCACCCAAGGACGGGAGCAGCAAAGGAGGUGAUAGGAACGCGGAGAACCGCACCCCGUCGCCCCAUGUGACCCAGGAGAACCUCCACAGCGAGGUGGUGGAGGUGUGUACGUCUAGUGCUCUUCUUUCCAAUGAUGAUGAGGGAAACAACGAAAACGUGGAGGUGAGCAAUGCAGAGGAGGGCUCCUCAAAGGUGCACUUCAGCAUCGGCAAGGCACCCGUCAAGGAGGAGCUGGAGAGCAGCCGCUUGUCGCCCAAAGUCAGCCGCAAGACCUCCAGCCGACACGUGCGCCCCAAGAAGGACAAGUCGGGCCCGCUCUUCAAGGGCGAGAGCUCGUCGAGGGUCGCCGAGCCCGCCAAGCAGGCCAUGUCACCCUCAGUUGCAGAGUGUGCCCGGGCGGUCUUCGCCGCGUUCCUCUGGCACGAGGGUAUCGUCCACGACGCCAUGGCCUGCUCCUCGUUCCUCAAGUUCAACCCAGAGAGGACCAAGGAGCACGCGCCCAUCCGCAGCUCGCUGGGUGGCCAGGGCGGCCAAGAGGAGAAGGAAAGCAGGCUGAAGAACCGCCACUCACUGGAGAUAUCCUCGGCCCUCAAUAUGUUCAACAUCUCCCCGCAUGGGCCAGACAUCUCCAAGAUGGGCAGCAUCAACAAGAACAAGGUCCUGUCAAUGCUCAAAGAGCCUCCGCUGCCCGAAAAGUGUGAGGAUGGCAAGGGGGAGCACAUCUCCUUCGAGGUGGCCUCUCACCCUGCAAUGAGGGCUAAGUCCAUAUUGCCGCUCACCCUCCAGCACCUCGUUGCAUUCUGGGAGGACAUCUCAAUGGCAACCAUCAAGGCAGCCACCCAAAACAUGAUUUUCCCCAGCCCGGGUUCCAGCGCCAUCCUAAAGAAAAAGGAGAACGAGAAGGACACUAAGAAGUCCAAGAAGGAGAAAAAGAAGAGAGAUAAGGCGGAGGUGCGCCCCAGGGGGAACCUGUUUGGGGAGAUGGCCCAGCUGGCCAUGGGGGGACCGGAGAAGGACACCAUCUGUGAGCUGUGUGGGGAGUCGCACCCCUACCCUGUCACCUACCACAUGAGGCAGGCCCAUCCAGGUUGUGGUCGCUAUGCGGGAGGCCAGGGCUAUAACAGCAUUGGCCACUUCUGUGGGGGCUGGGCGGGAAACUGUGGAGACGGCGGGAUCGGAGGAAGCACCUGGUACCUGGUGUGUGACCGUUGCAGGGAGAAGUACCUAAGAGAGAAGCAGACUGCAGCCAGGGAAAAGGUGAAGCAGUCGAGGAAGAAGCCCCUGCAGGUGAAGACGCCGCGGGCGCUUCCCACCAUGGAGGCCCACCAGGUGAUCCGUGCCAACGCCCUGUUCCUGCUGUCCUUAAGCAGUGCUGCUGAGCCCAGCCUGCUGUGCCACCACCCGCCUCGCCCGCUCCACUCCACACUGCCCAGCCUCAAGGAGGGUGUCUCGGAUGAGAUGCCCAACAAGAUCGGCUGCCUCUACCUGCAGACGCUGGCCAGGCAACACACAGAGAACUUUGGUGGGUACACAGAUGACAACCUGUUCCAGGACGAGAUGAGGUACCUGCGCUCCACAUCUGUCCCUGCGCCCUACAUCUCAGUCACCCCCGACGCUUGCCCCAACGUGUUCGAGGAGCCCGAGAGCAACAUGAAGUCCAUGCCCCCCAGUCUAGAGACCAGCCCAAUCACAGACAGUGACUUGUCCAAGCGGACGGUGUUCCAGAGGUCCUACUCUGUGGUGGCCUCUGAGUACGACAAGCAGCAUUCGGCCUCCCCGGCCAGGGUCAAAGCCGUGCCCAGACGCAGAGUCCAUAGUGGGGAUGCAGAAGUGGGUUCCUCUCUGUUGCGCCACCCGUCCCCGGAACUGUCCCGUCUCAUCUCGGCCCAUGGAUCCCUCAGUAAGGGCGAGAGGAACUUCCAGUGGCCCGUCCUCGCCUUCGUCAUCCAGCACCACGACCUGGAGGGUCUGGAGGUGGCCAUGAAGCAUGCCCUCCGCAAGUCCGCCUGCAGAGUCUUCGCCAUGGAGGCAUUCAACUGGCUGCUGUGUAACGUGAUCCAGACCACUUCGCUGCACGACAUCCUGUGGCACUUUGUCGCCUCCCUCACCCCGUCACCAUUUGAACCCGAGGAAGAGGAGGAGGAUGAAAAUAAAGCCCAUGGGAACAAGGAAAUUGUGAUGGAGCAGGAGAGGGACCUUGGAGUGUGUGAGCACCCACUGUCUGACAUUGUGAUCGCCGGAGAGGCCGCCCACCCCCUCCCACACACCUUCCACCGCCUCCUCCAGACCAUCUCUGACCUCAUGAUGUCACUUCCUAGUGGAAGUUCCCUGCAGCAGAUGGCCCUCAGGUGUUGGAGUCUGAAGUUCAAACAGUCAGACCACCAGUUCCUGCACCAGAGCAACGUGUUCCACCACAUCAACAACAUCCUGUCCAAGUCGGACGACGGCGACAGCGAGGAGAGCUUCAACAUCAGUGUGCAGUCUGGCUACGAGGCCAUGAGCCAGCUGGGAGGUGUUGAACAUCAUUUGACCUUCCAGGAGUUGUGCCUGGUGACCAGUCUGAAGGACCUGACCAUCUUGGUGGACAUGAAGACGUCCAGCCGUCCUGCCAUGAUUGGCAGCCUAACAGACGGCUCCACCGAGACCUUUUGGGAGUCGGGAGAUGAGGACAAAAACAAGACCAAGAGCAUCACCAUCAGCUGCGUCAAGGGCAUCAACGCCUCCUACGUCACCGUGCACGUGGACAACUCCCGCGACAUCGGGAACAAAGUCACCUCCGUGACGUUCCUGUGUGGCAAAGCCGUGGAGGACCUCUGCAGAAUCAAACAGAUCGACCUCGACUCGCGUCACAUGGGCUGGGUGACCAGCGAGGUUCCUGGGGGAGACCACCAUGUGAUCAAGGUGGAGCUGAAGGGGCCCGAGAACACGCUGCGGGUGCGCCAGGUCAAGGUGUUGGGCUGGAAGGAGGGCGAGAGCAUCAAGAUUGCAGGGCAGAUCUCAGCCAGUGUGGCCCAACAGAAGAACUGCGAGGCCGAGACUCUCCGCGUGUUCCGCCUCAUUACCUCACAGGUGUUUGGGAAGCUGAUCUGUGGAGAUGCUGAGCCCACCCCUGAACAGGAGGAGAAGAACCUGCUGUCAUCACCAGAAGGAGAGGAUAAGGCACCUUCAGAUGCAGACCUGAAGGAACACAUGGUUGGCAUAAUUUUCAGCCGGAGCAAGCUGACCAACCUGCAGAAACAGGUGUGCGCCCACAUAGUCCAGGCCAUUCGCAUGGAGGCGACCCGUGUGCGUGAGGAAUGGGAGCAUGCCAUCUCCAGCAAGGAAAACGCCAACUCGCAGCCCAGCGACGACGACGCCUCCUCGGACGCCUACUGCUUCGAGUUGCUCUCCAUGGUGCUGGCACUGAGCGGCUCCAACGUGGGCCGCCAAUACCUGGCCCAGCAGCUAACACUGAUGCAGGACCUGUUCUCGCUGCUGCACACGGCCUCGCCCCGUGUCCAGAGACAGGUGACCUCUCUCCUCCGUCGUGUCCUCCCCGAGGUGACGCCUGUGCGCCUGGCCAGCAUCAUCGGCGUCAAGGCCCUGCCACCUGCUGAUAUCAGUGACAUCAUUCACUCGACCGAGAAGGGUGACUGGAACAAGCUGGGCAUCCUGGACAUGUUCCUGGGCUGCAUCGCCAAGGCACUCACCGUGCAGCUCAAGGCCAAGGGGACCACCAUUUCCGGCACGGCGGGCAUGGCGGCAGGCAAAGGCGUUACCACUGUCACACUGCCCAUGAUAUUCAACUCCAGCUACAUUCGCCGGGGAGAGAGUCACUGGUGGAUGAAGGGAUCCACUCCCCCUCAGAUCGCUGAGAUUAUCAUCAAGCUGGUCAAAGACAUGGCUGCCGGACACCUGUCGGACGCCUGGUCUCGGGUGACAAAGAACGCCAUUGCUGAGACCAUUAUCGCCCUCACCAAGAUGGAGGAGGAGCAUCGCUCGCCAGUCCGCUGCAUCGCCACCACCCGGUUGUGGCUGGCCCUGGCCUCUCUGUGUGUGUUGGACCAGGAUCAUGUGGACAGGCUGUCCUCGGGCCGCUGGAUGGGCAAAGAUGGACAGCAGAAACAGAUGCCCAUGUGCGAUAACCAUGACGACAGCGAGACUGCAGCCAUCAUCCUGUGUAACAUGUGUGGUAACCUGUGUACCGACUGUGACCGCUUCCUCCACCUGCACCGACGCACACGCUCCCAUCAGAGACAGGUGUUUAAGGAGGAGGAGGAGGCAAUCAAAGUGGACCUCCACGAGGGCUGUGGGAGGACAAAGCUCUUCUGGCUCAUGGCUCUGGCCGACUCUAAGACCAUGAAGGCCAUGGUGGAGUUCAGGGAGCACACAGGGAAACCAGCCUCCAGCAGCUCAGACGCCUGUAGGUUCUGUGGCACCAGGAACGGCACCGAGCUCUCGGCCGUGGGCAGUGUCUGCUCUGACCCAGACUGCCAGGAGUAUGCCAAGCUGGCGUGCAGUAAGACGCACGCGUGCGGCCACCCCUGUGGCGGGGUGAAGAAUGAGGAGAGCUGCCUGCCCUGUCUGCAUGGCUGCGACAAGAGCACAGGCUGCCUGAAACAGGACGCCGACGACAUGUGCAUGAUCUGCUUCACAGAGGCGCUCUCUGCCGCUCCCGCUGUCCAGCUGGACUGCAGUCACGUGUUCCAUCUCCAGUGUACCCGUCGUGUUCUGGACAACCGCUGGCUCGGACCCAGGAUCACCUUUGGCUUCAUGUCCUGCCCAAUCUGCAAGAACAAGAUCAACCACUCGGUCAUCAAGGACCUGCUAGACCCUAUCAAGGAGCUGUUUGAGGACGUACGGCGGAAAGCUCUGAUGAGAAUGGAGUACGAGGGGCUGCACAAGAGCGAGGCCAUCACCACGCCUGGUGCCCGCUUCCACAAUGAUCCGGCCGGCUUCGCAAUGAACCGAUACGCCUACUACGUCUGCUACAAGUGCAAGAAGGCAUACUUUGGGGGAGAGGCGCGCUGUGAUGCGGAGGCAGGGCAGGGAGACGACUACGACCCCAGCGAGCUGAUCUGUGGAGCAUGCUCAGAUGUGUCCAGGGCACAGAUGUGUUCCAAGCACGGGACAGACUUUCUGGAGUACAAAUGCCGUUACUGCUGCUCGGUGGCUGUUUUCUUCUGCUUCGGCACCACUCACUUCUGUAACGCCUGCCAUGAUGACUUCCAGAAGAUGACCAGUGUGCCCAAGGAGGAGCUGCCUCACUGUCCUGCAGGUCCCAAAGGCAAGCAGUUGGAGGGGACGGAGUGCCCCUUGCACGUGGUUCACCCUCCCACCGGCGAGGAGUUUGCCCUGGGCUGUGGAGUGUGCAGGAACGCCCAUACCUUCUAAAAUCACCCAGUUCUGAAAACCCAGAGACCUGUACCGAACACUCGUUCUUCUUCUGUGACUGUUGGCUGCAGCCGGAGCCCAGCCUGUCAAGUAUUUCCUUGUGUUGGCUCUCGUUGUCAGGUGGCCAUGGACACUGGUUCAGGUAUUUCUAACGUACCCAAGAGUCCCAAGUUGUGCUCUUCGACAUACCAAUCAAAGUCUUCAAGGCUUUACUACAAAAACAGCUCUCUGUGGAUUCCAGAGGAAACUCCCAUGUAAAAAAAAAUCUUAUUAGUAUUAUUAUUUUUUUUAACUUGUGACGUGUUUGCAUGCGGCCGUUGUAACCCCUCGGCUUCCAUAGACGUUGCACACCUCCCGAUCACUGAAGUGUAAAAAAGUAUUUAAAAAUUGUAUAUGAAAUACAUUUUGCUUAGGCAACUGUGGAUGGACUUGGAUAUAUAAAAGGAAAAAAAAAUGUGACGGGCCUUAUUUCCAGCUUCCUAACUAUGAAUUCUAAAUAUUGUUGUAUGUAAACAGACUUUUUUUCCCGUAAUCCUGUACAGUAUUCUCUUCACUGUCGAGUGCAUCAGGGGUGCAUCAGGGGACAACAACAAAAAAAGAGCAGAAUUCUGAUGAGGGGGUGAAAAAGUGUACGAUUUAUCUAAUCUUGUAUAUAAUGAUAGUAUCCAAAAUAGCUGUAUUCCGAAGUUGCUACUCUACACUUCAGUUUCGUUUGAUAUUCUGGGUUAUGUUUUGAGCCAGAACUUUUAAUGAAGUGCAAUACUGAGUGUGCCUCCUAUCUUGCAGCAGUUUAACCUAUGGAAUGUAUGUCAAUAAAAGCCACUGUACAUUUUUAUACAGUGAUAAACACAGUCGUGUAUUAUCCCAAUUCAAAAUGUCAGAUCACUUAUGUUCUCUGAAAAUGCAGAGGAUCCCAGCGUCUUCAGUGUAUGAAGGUUGAUUGAUGUGAACCCUUUUUUUAGUUCCUCAAUUAGACAAAUAACGUGGUGGUACAAACUUUUUUUCUGUCAUUUUUUAAACAACUGAGAAGGUGAUUGCGCUAUAGGCUACCAUUGUAUUGUAAAGGAGUGCUAACUGAACGUGUUGGGGGCCAGUCUUCACCAAAUAUAAAAAAUAAUUGUGAUUCUGUAAUGCUUCUCCAUCAUUAGGAGGCAGGCGGGACAUAUGGGUAUGGGGGUUUGAGAGAAAAAACAAACAGCUGCUGUUAUAAAAGCUUAAUACUUGUGAAUCUGCUCUGUAUCUGUGAUGGAUGGAGUUGAAUGGUAAUAAACCAGGUUCUCUGUUUCGCAAGGUACAUUCAA